AUGGCACCGCGCAAAGCCGACGACGACGACGACAUGUCAAGCGAGACAUCGGUCUCUGGCAGCGAAUUCUCCGGUUUCGAGUCGGACGAAGCCACCUCCAAGGUGCCCCGCGGCGGCAUCUUUGAGAAGGACUCGGACGAGGAAGAGCUCGAGCGCCUUGUCCUAGGCAACAAGGCCGGGUUCAAGGACUCGCUCUUCCAAUACAGUGGCGCUCAGGCGGAUCAUCAAGACGAAGACGGCGACAUUGACCUCGCGGACGAGGCGAACGAACUGGAGGAUGUUGCCGAUGCAGAUCUCUUCGCAUUCGACACAGGCCCAUCCGGCGCGAAACCUGCGCCCGCUGCAACAAAGGAACGCACAACUGGCCCUGAUGCGGCCGUGUGGGAGGAUAGCGACGACGACAGGCUAGCCAUAUCCCUUGCGAACACGAACCGUCUCCGGAAACUGAGGAUAGCGGAGGCGGAGGACGUUGUCAGUGGCACAGAAUACUCUCGACGACUACGCCAGCAAUAUCUUCGGUUGAACCCGCAGCCGGCCUGGGCGACAUCAUCUCAAGGACGGCCGUCAAAGCGCAGGAGAAAAUCCGCCGCUACAUCUGAUUCUUCAGCCAGCGACGCCGAUGACUCAGACGUCGAGGCUCAGCCACUGGAGAAGUUCUUGCGGGAUGUCAACAAACUGUCCGAAUCAGGCACGGCCUCGGGGGCAGGCAUGAGGAGACUGAAGCCUGAGACGCUGGACAUUCAGCGCACAAGGGAGAUCCCCGACCGCCACAGGGCGCCAGCCGACUGCCUGUCCUUCCAUCCCGAGUUCCCCGUCCUCCUCUCCUCUAGCAAGGCGGGCAUGCUGUAUCUGCAUCACAUUGCGCCCGAGGCACACCCGACACCGAACCCGCAGUUGACGUCUGUGCAAGUCAAGCAGGUGGACGUGCGACGGGCCGAGUUCAUGUACCCCAAGGGCGACAAGAUCUUCUUUGCCGGCCGGAGGCGGUACUUUCACCACUGGGACCUGCCCUCGGGCGUGGUGCAGAAGACGUCGCAGAUUCAGGGCCACGAGCUGGAGCACAAGACCAUGGAGCAUUUCAAGCUGAGCCCUUGUGGACGGUACAUGGCGCUCAAGGCGUCGACGAAGAAGAGCGGCGGCAUCGUGAGCAUCAUCAGCACGGGCUCAAUGCAGUGGAUUGCGUCGGCGAGGAUGACGAGCCAGGACGGCAUCGCGGACUACGCCUGGUGGCGAAGCGGUGAGGGGCUGAGCAUCCUGGGCCGGGACGGGCAGGUGGGCGAGUACAGUGUGGAGAGCAAGAAGUUCCUCGGGAUAUGGCACGACGACGGCUCCGUCGGUGGCACCGUCAUCGCGCUGGGUGGUCGUGGCGGACCGCAUGCACUGGGUGAGGAUCGCUGGGUCGCCGUCGGCUCCAACACGGGCAUCACCAACAUCUACGAGCGGUCUACGCUCAUUGACAAGAACAAGAAUACCGAUAGACCUACCGAGGACGAGGACGACGAUGUGGCCCUGCACGAGGACCCCACGCCUACCCGUGUGUUCGAGCAGCUCAUCACGCCCAUCACUACACUCACAUUUAGCCCGGACGGCCAGCUGCUGGCAUUCGCGUCGGUGCAUAAAAAGGACGCGCUCAAGCUGGCGCAUCUGCCCACGUGCACCGUGUACAGGAACUGGCCGACGGAGCAGACACCACUGGGUCGGAUCUCGAGCGUCGCGUUUGGAAGGGGCAGCGACCUGUUGGCGGUGGGCAACGACGGUGGCCGGAUUCGCAUGUGGAAUAUUUUGAGUUGA